GCCUCUCCUCUGUCACCCCGUGUCUCCCUUUCCCCUGCCCGGUCUGUGCUCUCGGCUCGGCCUGCGGUGCACAGCUUGCCGGCAGCCCUGCCUCACCGGGGACAAGCAUCACGAUGAACCGGGGCAGCCCUGACACCCUCUGCAAUAGCAGCAGCGACUACCUGAUCUGCAGCAACUGCCACAAAGUGCUGAGGAAGGAUAAGAAAAUCAUAACCUCUCAGCCUUCAAGCGGACCAAGUGCCUUUAUUCCCGAGAAAGAGUUUGACCAAGGAAACGAUGUGGACAAACUCACCAACCGACUGGUGGAGGAAUACAGCACAUCUGGCCGUCUGGAUAACAUCACCCAAGUGAUGAGUCUGCACCCCCAGUACCUGGAGUCUUUCCUCCGGACGCAGUUCUACAUGAUGCGCAUGGACGGUCCCCUACCCUACCAUUACAGGCACUACAUAGCCAUUAUGGCGGCCGCCAGGCACCAGUGCGUCUACUUGAUAAACAUGCACGUCGAUGAGUUCUUGAACACGGGCGGAUCGUCGGAGUGGCUGAAUGGUUUGGAAUACAUACCCCAGAGGCUAAAAAAUCUAAACGAAAUCAACAAACUUCUGGCGCACAGACCCUGGCUGAUCACAAAAGAGCACAUACAGAAAUUGGUAAAGACGGGAGAGAAUAACUGGUCGCUGGCCGAGCUGGUCCACGCCGUGGUGUUGCUGGCCCAGUACCACGCGCUGGCGAGUUUUGUCUUUGGCAGCGGCAUAAACCCGGAGAGAGACCCGGAUGCUUCAAACGGCAUCCACCCGGUGGAAAGAAACAAGUUCUGUGUCUGCGAUCUCGCCAACGACAACAACAUUGAGAACACAAGUCUCACGAGUAACAACGUCGAGCAGAAUCUGGAUUCUGAAAGCGAGCUAGAGGCUCUGAUGGAAAGAAUGAAGAAGCUGCAGGAGGAAAAGGAAGAGGAGGAGGCAUCCCAGGAAGAGAUGGCCACCCGCUUCGAGAAAGAAAAGAAAGAAAGUCUACUUGUGGUUUCUGGAGCUUUUGACGACGACGUGGUUUCCAUGUCCAAUGCCUCCCGGUACAUUGAAGAUCCUGGGUUUGGAUAUAAAGACUUUGCCAGGCGUGGAGAGGAACACCUGCCUACAUUCCGAGCUCAGGACUACUCGUGGGAAGAUCAUGGCUUCUCCCUCGUGAACAGACUUUAUUCCGACAUCGGACACCUCUUGGAUGACAAGUUUCGCAUGGUCUAUAAUCUCACGUACAACACCAUGGCUACGCACGAGGAUGUGGAUACCACCAUGCUGAGAAGAGCUCUAUUCAAUUAUGUCCACUGCAUGUUCGGCAUCAGGUACGAUGACUAUGAUUACGGGGAAGUUAAUCAGUUGCUCGAGAGAAGCUUGAAGGUUUACAUUAAAACAGUGACCUGUUACCCCGAACGGGCAACCAGGCGAAUGUACGACGGGUACUGGCGCCAGUUCAAGCACUCGGAGAAGGUCCAUGUGAACUUGCUCCUGAUGGAAGCCCGCAUGCAAGCAGAACUUCUCUAUGCACUCCGCGCUAUAACCCGUCACUUGACCUGAGCGCCGCUUGCCGGCGGUGUCCCCGACACGCAAAGCAAUCUUCUUUCUUACUAAAAUCGCAGCAGAAGCCGUUCGUGAUGUAGCAUCAAAAUUAUAUGCAUAUCUAGUGUCAAAAGUUUGCCGGUCUGUGCGGCGGUCACGUGCAAUGAUCUGUGUUCUCUGUACCUACGACGCGUAUCAUUUACUAAUGUUAGCGGAAACUGCACUACCUUUUUUUGGUUUUCAUCUUCACUUUUUAGCCAUUUUUUUUGCUAAAAAGUUUUGUUUAGACUACAGAUCGAAAUGCGUUUCCAACCCUCACGCGUUUUUCCUUUUUAUUUUUUUGUAGCAAAAUCUGAUCGUGCCCGUUCCAGUUAACUGUAGUGCUUUGUUUUAUAUAACAAACAAAACUAGAAAUAAGCUAUUUGCUAAUAGAGAGAGCGAGCGAGAAAGUGUGAGAUUACGUGAGGGUUUUUUUUUUUUUAACCAUGCAAAAAGCCUGAUAUGUGCCAUAAAUGGAAUUUUAUAGCUAUAUAUAUAUAUUAUUUGCUAUCAAAAUAAAGCUACCGCCGCGUCCGUGGGAUGAUGAGCGGGUGUUGGUGGUCGGACUCACCACUUCUGCUAAAAAGGACAUUAAAGUCGAACGGAUGUUGGUUACUGGCUUUAAAAAAAAAAAAUAA